AUGGUAGAUUCUCCGGUACCUGUGAGGCACCGUUUAUUGACAAGACCAGAUUCUAUGCGUUUCUUCCCUUCAAGAGGAGGAGUUAUAAUUUUUACUUACAGUUUCACCGUUGUUUCUAUUUUGUUUAUGCUAUUCCUUGUAAAUAAUGCUUUUCAUCCUUCGCGCAGAAAUCAUUUUUCUAAAGUUUUGUCUCACAUUUUCAACAACUCUACAUUUGCUCAACCCCCUUCUUACACCCCUCAUAUUACCAAUGACACCACUAAGAAUGGCGAAUUAGUGGAUGGUUCAUUUUAUCAACCUCCUUCUUACACUUCUCAUAGCACCAAUGACAAUAAUACUCAUAAUCAAAGUUCACAUUCUAAUAAGGAUGGUAAAUUUGUCGAUCAUAGGCCUGCGAGUUCUCAAAUGUCAAGAAAGGAAGGUUCUGGUCUUGCGCCGAAGAGAAGUAAGAAACGUAAACGAAAACAUGGUAAAUUGUAUCCACCAAUUCCUGCUAGAAUUAAACCACAAGAAGAGAAGUCUUUUUCACCUAUGCCUUCACCAAAUGCUAGAGUGGAUUCUAAAAAUGUGAUGCAAAGUGAUGGACACUGUGAUAUGUAUGAAGGGUCAUGGGUUUAUGAUGAUUCAUAUCCACUUUACAAACCUGGGUCUUGCCCUCAUAUUGAUGAGCCUUUUAAUUGUUUCCUCAAUGGUAGGAGGGAUAAUAAGUAUGAGAAGUACAGGUGGCAACCCAAGAAUUGCAACAUGCCAAGGUUUAAUGGUAAUGACAUGUUGGAGAUGCUGAGGGGAAAACGUUUAGUCUUUGUUGGUGAUUCCCUCAAUAGGAAUAUGUGGGAAUCUAUGGUUUGUGUUCUUAGUAAUUCAGUGGAAAAUAAGAGCAGCAUUUUUGAAGCCUCUGGUAGACAAGAAUUUCGGACAGAGGAUUCUUACUCAUUUAUCUUCACAGAUUACAAUUGUUCCGUUGAGUUCUUCCGUUCCCCGUUUCUUGUUCAAGAGUGGGAGGUUCCCAGCCAGAAGGGAUCAAAAAAAGAAACACUUCGUCUUGAUUUGGUGGAGAGAUCUUGUGAUAAGUACAAAAACGCUGAUGUUUUGAUCUUCAACACAGGUCAUUGGUGGACUCAUACGAAAACAAUGGAAGGGAAGGAAUACUAUCAAGAAGGAAAUCAUGUCCAUGGACUACUGACUGUUGAGGAGGCAAUUACUAAAGCUUUUUUAACAUGGUCACAUUGGGUGGAUACUAAUAUUGAUCCUAAGAAAACUACAGUUUUCUUCAGGGGCUAUUCCCCUUCUCAUUUCAGGGGUGGAGAGUGGAACUCUGGUGGUCAGUGUAACGAGACAGAACCAAUGAAAACUGCGCCUGCAGAUUCGUCAGAAAAUCCUGAUAUGAUGAAGACCAUUGGGUCAGUAAUUAAGAGAAUGAAGACUCCGGUGUUUUACCUGAACAUCUCGACAAUGACGGAUUUGAGGCCUGAUGCUCAUCCUUCCAUGUACAGAAACGCAAAUAUGUCUGAAGAGACCAAAAAAUUUACGCUCACACAUCAGGAUUGUAGCCAUUGGUGUCUUCCAGGUGUUCCUGACUUGUGGAAUGAAUUAGUGUAUGCCCACCUUUUGCAGCGCAUGAAAAGAAACAAGGGAAACCGUUGA